UACCCAUUGGCUCAGAAACCAGAUGCCUUCAAAAAACGAAAAUAUGGUGCACUGACUUGGGAUACAUUGCCCCGUGUUUGUUUUAUGUGAUCAAUUCUAUCUAUCGAUUACUCAGCUGUGUUUUGAAUGGAAUGAACAAAGCUGCAAACACAGCUCUUGAAGGCUUCAUUUGCCCAGCAUGUUUGGUCGACUUUCCGAGUGCCUCGAAGCUUCAAGAUCACUGGUUGAAGUUUCAUCCACCCAAAGUCCGUGUUUCUAGCGAUUACGAAUCUAUACCGGAUGAUUCUUCACCGGAUUGUGUUUCUCAGGAGGGUAAAGAUCCAAACUCCUGUGAUCAUGUUUUUAAGUCUGACCUGUUAGCUGUGCUGGAGAAAUGUGGCUUUUGUGGUCGAGAAAUUGAUAGUGAAGGAAAAAUAUGUAAAGGUUGUAAUUUCCAUUGCCAUGACAAGUGUGAGAAGAUGGUUAAAGAGCAGUGGUCAAGAGAAGGUUCUGUCAACUCAGCACAUAGUAAAUUCAAGACAUCGCAUGAUGAAGUGGACUUAGGUAAAAGAUCGCGGCUACCAGCAUCACCCAAAAACCUUGUGACAAACAUCUGCCAUCACAUGCGGCAUAGAGUUUCCAGGAAUAGAGUGCGACAUGUGGAUGAAAAUUUUGAUCUGGACAUGACGUACAUCACAGACAGGAUUAUAGCAAUGUCAUUUCCAGCCUCUGGCUUGGAAACAACCUACAGAAAUAACCUCAGAGAAGUUGCAAAAAUGCUACAGACAAAUCAUCAAGAUAAAUACAUGGUUUUUAAUCUAUCUGAAAGAAGAUAUGACAUAUCCAAACUGAAUCACCAAGUUUUAGAUUUUGGUUGGCCAGAUCACUUAGCCCCACCUCUUGAAAGAUUGUGUAGCAUAAUUAAAUCAAUUGAUUCAUGGCUCAAGAGUGAUCCCUUGCAUGUGGUAGUUGUACAUUGCAAGGGGGGGAAAGGAAGAACUGGGGUUGUUAUUGCUGCAUACAUGCACUUUAGUAAGAUAUGUUCAAGCCCUCAAGCAGCUCUAGACUGGUUUGCCAUGAAGAGAUUUUAUGAUGACAGUUUGGGGGGAGUCACACAGCCAUCACAGAGAAGAUAUGUGCACUACUUUAGUGAUUAUUUGGAUGGAAAAGUCAAACUUAACACAGAUCCCAUAUUUCUACAUCACAUUAUUGUUCAUGGAAUACCAAGUUUUGAUACCAAAGAUGGUUGUAAGCCAUUCUUGCGAGUAUAUGUCGGGCUAAAACUCAUUUACACCUCAGGAGUUUAUCACGUGACGCCAGAUAUGGAAAGAAUUUGUAUCACCAUAGAAGGAGGACUGAUACUGCAUGGAGAUGUCCUGAUCAAGUGUUAUCACAAGAACACUCUUUCGUCUGGUCGUGAUAUCAUUUUUAGAUGUCAGUUUCAUACUAGCGCCAUUAGGGAUUAUGGCCUAGAGCUGGACAAAAUUGAAUUGGAUGACGCCUGUAAAGAUAGGAAAUUUCCAGACGGAUGUAAAGUAGAAUUUGUCUUUUCUGCUACGGGCAACUUUGUAUCAGAUAUCAAAAUCAACGAGAGACUGCGCUCAAUUAUUAGACAUUCGCUACAACCAGUGGAGAAUCCUGACACUGUCCUUUACCCAUUGGCCCUGGAUAACUGGUAUGAGAGCAGUACGGAUGGUGCGGGUUCAUCUGUAGCAGGUGCAAGUAAUACGAAAGAAGAUUACCACAGCAAGUCUGAUAAAAGAGAACAAGAUAGUGCAGUAAAAGGAGGCUCUGACGCUCUGAAACGUCCCCCAGAGUACGUGGCUGGACCUGUGAAUGGGCACUUGUACGCUCAGGUGGAUAAAGCAUUCAAGAAGAAAUUGCGGUCCAUGAGCUUGGACAGUGGUGCCCGGUCAAGAGCAGCAGAUCACUUGAACUUCUUUGAAAACAGAGCAAACACUUUAAAUCGAAGAAACGCGCACGGAUUUCGAAACAGGGAAAAUGAGGAUUUUGGAUUGACUCAACCCAGUCUUCAGCACAACACUAGCAAAAUGCAGCAUUCAAGUGGGGACUGCCGGAAUAGCGAGGUGAAAUCGAUUGAUAGGCUUCUGCAAGAGUUGGGGGAAUGUUCAGAAAUUUUGGAUUCAACUUUACAGCAGGCUCGAUCUAGUUCGAGGGGAGUGCAGUCAUCAAGUGUGGUCAACGGAGGAUCAAGGUCUGCUAUUCCACCUGGGCCCCCUGUGCGCCAAAAGGCGAGUUUUGAAGUUGGUCAGCGGUACAGCAAGAGUGGUUUAAUAGGAGAACCACUUCUUCAAAAUGGAAUCAGUGCUGUUAGGUACAACCAAAGUAAUAGACCCUCUUUUGGAACAACGCAAACACGAGUCCCCAUCAAACCACCGCCAUAUUCACAAAAUAGCUCGUGGAAUGGUGAUGUUAACACUGCGCAGAUGUCGAAUGGAUACUCUGACGGAGAGGCACAUUCGGUGGUCUUACACGAAGCGCCUCUACCUAAAAUAUCCCCGCCCAUGUGUCCAUUGUCGCCGACAUAUUUCGCCACCACUGAAAUGAUGCCAAGGACGAUAAAAGCUAAAACUGUUACUCAUACUACUGUUGGAUAUAACUUUGUUCCAAACAGUGGUGACCAUUUAGACGGUUCUGGUAGGAAUGAGGAUGUUUCCGUCACCAGCCAAUGGACGACUUCUAAUUCUGGUAAGCUAAGACAAGGUCCUAAAACCUUUGAUUUCAAUAACAAUGAUGAUAAAGUAUCCGACGUCGAAGACUUUUUUGAUUUAGAAGGGCGAAAAACGAUUCAGGACUCUGAAACGCUUCCAGAGAAGGGAAAUGUGCGCUCGAAAAUCGCUCUCCUCAGCGAUAUGUUCCAACCUGAUAGAGUGCGUCCUCCGCCACAUCAAAAUAUCAAGGGCCAUAUCAUACCCAUGCCGGGUCUUGCUUGCUUGUCAGCAACAGAAGUGUCCAAAGAGAUUUCGAAUUACAACGCCAAGUCUCUGGCGCCAGGAGAAAUAAGCCACUCGUCCGGAACUUUGUACAUCAGUGGCGCCCCGCCCAAAAGGAUUGUCGAACAAACCAAGCAUGUGGAGGAACCGCCCAAAGAGACAGAUCUAACGGGAUUCCAAGAGUCACGUUUACCUCCCGCGCGUGACUAUCUUAUUCACAAGACAGACUUCAUGGAUCAUCACCACGUACUUGACAAGUCCCCUCGCAGCAGUAUUGACGGUAUUAGUUUGGAUGAAGGUGUCGAAUCCAAAGGAUCUAUCGAUGAACAGACCAAUCUCGGAACCUCACCAUCUGCCAGUGAUGGUCACACGGACUCGGCUUUUGGCGAAUCAAUCGUCAGUACCUCGUCAGUCUCUACGCCCGUUGCUGGUCAUUCGUCAAACCGGUUUAAUACGGUAGCAACCACGUCUAUGAACCAAGAGGGAGAGGAGGCUGUAGCCAACCUGGUCAGUGAACAGUCGAGUUCCAGUAAUCUCCUGGAAAGUGCUGCUGUACAUUUGCAACAGGCACGGGAGGAUGAAGAAGCUGGAUACGCCAGACUGGAAGAUAUACAGGCCGCUAAGAAGACACAGGAGAGUCCUGGAGAUGGUGUUGCCAUGGAGACUCAGGCCGCCCCAGAGGAGGCAAGCACAUCUGCUACCCCUGUAGUUGAGCCAAUUGUGGAACAGAUUCAAAUCACCAAAACAGCCAGUGAUGUCGAAGCUAUUAAAGACAUUUUAUCAGAGAUGGCGGACAUGGGUAUCAACGGCCCACAACUUCCCCAACUUAGUCGCUCCAGUACACCACAGAGCCUCAAGAGUAGAGGUAUUAUCGAAAGGGGUAGGAGUCCUUUGCUCUCUGAUGGAUCUGGGUCCUUUGAAAAUGCAGUACAGCGAAAGAAAUCUCAUCCUGUCUCAGAUAAAGGCUAUGGUUCUACAAACAGCGUAUCGUCUGGUUCAUCGAAUGACAAUGUGUUCCUUCCGGAGAGCCCAAAGAUUCCAGGAUUAAAAUUUGACAGAGACACGUCAGAGUUUUGGUAUAAGCCAACCAUUUCAAGGAAUGAUGCAAACGAUAUCCUAAAAGACUCAGAACCAGGCUCUUUUAUCAUCCGGGAUAGCCAGUCCUUCCCUGGAGCCUUUGGUUUAGCUGUGAAGGUCGCAGUGCCACCCGCGCAUGUCCUUCAGGGACUUCAAGGAGACCUUACAAAAGUCGAUCUCGACAAUGAACUUGUGCGGCACUUUCUUAUCGAAACAACCAAGAAAGGCGUUCGGUUGAAAGGCUACAACGAUGAACCCAUUUUUGGCAGUCUGGCUGCUUUCGUAUAUCAACACUCAAUUACACCUUUGGCUUUACCUAUCAGACUUAAAAUGCCCGACCGUGACCUCUCAGCUGGAGAUAAGGACCAGUCUCUUGACAAAGAGGACGGCCAAAACUGGCCGAAAGGCGCUGUCGGUUCCCUGAUGUAUCUCGGACAGUGCGAGGUGGAAAUGCUGACUGGUGCCAGCGCUAUACAGCGAACUGUUGAAUUUCUGUCGACGGAAGAGGCUGCCAAGAAAUUCACGACAGUCAGCUUCAAGGUUACACAAGAGGGAAUGACUGUUACAGAUACUGAACGGAAAGUUUUCUUCCGGCAGCAUUUCCACAUGAAUUCAAUUCUCUAUUGCGGAAUAGAUCCCAGCGACAAAAGGUGGGAUUUGAAGACGCCUACAUACAGUGGAAAGUCAAAAUCAUUUGGUCUUGUGAUGCGGAAAACUGGAGGAGUACACAAUGAAUGCCAUUUAUUCGGAGAAAUUUCUAAGGACUGGCCAGCCAGCAUCCUCGUUAAUAUACUUAACAGGUUUAUGAAUUCGUCCACGUAACGCAACACAAUGUAGUGUAACGCAACGCCGAGUUCACCAAUGGAAUAUAAUGGUCACAGAGAAAGGGGUCAGAUUCAUGUAAUAUCAGAUGUCAGAGGAAACGUCAAAAAAGUCCUAAAGAAUUGUUAAAUCUGACUCGGAAAAAAGUCUGCAAACGUUGCCGAAUCGGAAAACAAUUGUUCGAGCUAUCGAAUUAGUUACACUGUGGACUCGGAUCAUUAUCGGAAGCUUCGGAAGUCUUGGCUACGGCUUGGUCGUCUCCGAACAAUCAUCGUAAUUUCGAGCUGCUUAAUGCUCCAGGGAAUAUUAUUGGAAUGUAAAGAGGAUAAAAGGACAAAGUUAAUGAUACAUUAAAGUUAUAGAAAGAUAGAUUUUUGAUAAUGGUAAGCUGGAAUUACAAGAAAUGAAUAGAAUUUUAUAAAUGAUAUAUUUACGUAUACUGUUAUGGAUGAAAUAAUGCCAAAUUGGCCCAUGGUACAUGUAAUCUCCUUCUUGGGGAAGAUAUAAGCCUCAGAAACAAAUAUGAUUAUAUACAGUUAGACUUCAAGAAGAAAUCCUCUUCUGUAGUUGAUAAGGUGAGCGAAUAGAAGAGUAGCGCCGCGCGUAAACUGGAAACGAAAAAAAGGAGAAUGGGCGGAUAUUGUUUCUUUUCGUUUGCUCUUUUUUUUUCUUUUUCCUUUCUCAUUUUUGUCUCUUGUUUGCUCGAAGGAUUAAUCUGAGAAAGGUGAACUGUUCAUGGCUUAAUAUAGUGUAGAAUUCUGCGGUUUAAGACAUAAGUCCGUUUGCUGGAAUUUUUUUCCAUUCGAAAGGAGUUGUUGACGAAAGAAGAAGAAAAUAACCGACCUUCUAAAUUCUUUUGGGCGUAAAAGGGGUCGUAUUGUAGGGUUCCAACAUGUAUUUCUUGGUUUUAAAUGCUUUAUGUUUGCUUUGGAAUAGAGGAAAAGUUGAGAUCGUUGCCCCCUCCCCCCCCCAUGAUAUACAAAGUGAACAGUAACGCAAAGAAGUAAACUUUACAUGUAGUUUGUGUUAGUUAUAAUACAGACUGAGGGCAGCGCGCAGUGCGAAUAUCUUGUUUGCUGUAUUACAACUCCUUUAAGCACUGGUCAAUCAGCCGAAAACUCAUAAAGAAGCCAAAUACAUUUAAUUCCAUUUUGUGCCUUGAAAUACGGUAGUUAUUCAUGUUUUGUUCAAUCUCCUUCCGGGAUCGCGCCUAAAACGAGGGUGUACACUACCUGAUGGACAACUUGCAAAACAGCCUCGAAAAUAAAAUUUCAUCAACUUCUUCGUCAGUACCUUACUGAAUUCUUUUACAUUUUGUUUCUUUUCUUUUUCACAAGAAUUCCCAGAAAACUUCAAUGAAUUUACAGGAGGGUCUCAAUGGGGGUGAUGGCCAGCUAACGGUUAAUUCCUUUUUCACGACGAACUUAUUUUACGAUUAACGGUUAAAAUUUGUCAAUUUUUAUUCCUAACGGCUAUCUUUUUUCUUCUUUUUUGCCCUUUUAACAAACAACCUCAGUGAGAGCCUCUUGUAGCGCCCCAAGUACUUGGCUUGUUCACUUGUUACGAUUAUAAGAUUUGUUUAUUAAUAUCUUUCGAAAGUUAACCUUUCUGAGAAAAGGAAUCAUAUUUACAUAUUUUAGAAGUAAGCGUAGAAUGGAACUGUCUUGCUUAGUGAAACUUUGUUAAAAAAUUUCAGGAUUAAAAACCAGCGCCGAAUAUUUUUCGUCAAAAAUGGCGUUUUUAUACCUAUACAUGUAUCUUGUAAAUAUAGAAAAUAUUGAAAUGGUUCAGUACCUAAUAUUUUUAUUAUCA